AUGGCGACCGUCAAGGGCUCGGCCUCCUACAAGAAGAAGGACGGCGCUCUCCUCGUGCUUAAGGACUCGGUGACAUGGACGCCUGCUGCACCCCCGGGGGCACCGCCGUCGCUCACGAUCCCGACGAGUACGAUUACUAACCUACAAGCCACCCCCGCAACAACCGCAAAAGUAAUGAUCAAAGUCUUCGCCAAAACCCUCCCGGACAAAGACCCCGAGCAAUACGUCUUCACCUUCACCUCCCCGCCCCCCACAGCCCGCACCGAAGCCGACGCCGUCAAGGAAGCCCUCACAACACGCAUCCAAGACUCCAAGACCACCUCCGGGCCCGCAACCCCCUCCGCCUCCGCCUCCACCACCACCCUCCCCGACCCCGCCGACUGGUCCAAAUCGCGCCUCGAGAACGACAUGGCCCUCCAGCAGUCCCUCCUCAAGUCCAACGCCGACCUCUCCAAGACCUUCAGCGAGGCCGUCCUCUCCAACGCCGUCACCGCAACCCAGUUCUGGAGCACGCGCACGCACCUGCUCCGCGCGCAUGCCAUCGAGCGCGAGCAGCGCCGCGGCCCGUACAACGUCCUCGCCACGAUCAAGCCGAAGACCGAGGACGGCGUGGGCAAGAUUAGCAUCUCGCAGGACGUCAUCCGCGACAUCUUUGAGCAGCACCCGCUGGUCAAGAGCGUGUAUGACGAGAAUGUGCCCAAGAUCUCGGACACGGCGUUCUGGAUGAGGUUUUUCAUGAGCCGGCUGUUUAAGAAGCUGAAGGGCGAGAAGCCGCUGCCGACGGAUGGGACGGAUGGGAUCUUUGAUCGGUACUUGUAUCGGGAUGAUGAAGAGAACUCGCGCAAGAGACGCCGCAUCGAGACGCUCCCGCGUACCAUUGAUCUCGAGGGCAACGAGCAGAACCUCUCGCAGAAGCAGGGCAACAUGCCCGACCUCACGAUGCGCCCCACAAAGGUCGAGAACGUCCCGAUCAUCCGCACGCUCAACAGUCUCUCCCAGAAACUCGUAGAUCUUGUCGCACCAGCCGACUCCGACCCCACCACAACCGAAGACCAAGACACCCUCACCAUACUCUCCCAAACACUACACGACCUCCGCGCCGACCCCACCGAGGAACGCAUAAUCCUCAACAUCCGCGACCAGCGCCGCUUCUUCUCCGGCUCCGACUCUGCCGCCGCGGCCGCCGCCGCCGCCGCAACCACGCCCUACGCCUCCCUCGCCCCCGACGCCGUACUCGCGCAGCUGCGCAGCUCGCUGGGCGACCGCCCUAUCGACCUCGAGGCGCUGCUGCCCAACGGCAACGGCGACGGCGACGGCGACGACGACGACGGCGACGGCGGCGACGAGGAGAAGGCGAGGAAGCGGCCGCGCCCCAGUGAUGCCGCCGCACAGGUCGUCGCCGCCGUCAAGUCGCGGCGCGCGGCGAUGCUGGACGCUGGUGCCCGGACGGGCUACAAUAGUAGCCGCACGGGGGGUCUGCCGGCGUCCGUGUUUGAGAGCGUGACGCUGGUGCACGCGACGACGCAUGAGUUCCUGCGGCACUUUUGGCUGGCGUUCCUGAGCGGGGACGAGAAGCGGGCGGGCGACAUCACGAAGCUUGUGGCGAGCCUGGGGAAUUCAAAGGGGCGGAUCGAGGCGAUUGCGGCCAUGGCGGAUAGGGAGAAGGAGGAGGAGCGGGGGCGGAGGAAGCGGGAGGCGCAGGAGGAGUAUCGCAAGACGGGGGUGAAGCCGAAGAAGAGGAGUAUGGAGGUGGGUGGUGGGAGGGGGGUUGUGGAGCGCAUUUUGGGGCCGACGAUUAGAGCGGUGGAGAUGGCGGUGGGGAGGUAUGGGGCGGCGGUGGAGGAGGCGGAGAGGGUUAAUGCGGCGGCGUAA